CUGCCCUGGGCUCUUCAUCCACAGCCUCCUCAGCAACAGCCUUGUCCUGCCUCCUCAGUAUUCCGUCAAAGUCCUGCAGAGAUGUCCUGCCAGCAGAGCCAGCAGCAGUGCCAGCCCCCUCCCAAGUGCCCCUCAUCGCCCAAGUGCCCCCCGAAGAGCCCAGCACAGUGCUCCCCCCCAGCCCCUGCUGGCUGUGCUCCUGGCUCCGGGGGUGGCUGUAGCCCCAGCUCGGGGGGCGGCUGCUUCCUGAGCCACCACAGGUACCACGGAUCCCACAGAUGCCGGCUCUGCAGCUCUGACACCUGUGACAGUGGCAGUGGGCGGCAGUCUGGGGGCUCUGGGUGUGGUCAUGGCUCCAGGGGCUGUUGCUGAUCUGGGAUCCUGGAUGCUGAGACAAGUGAUCUUAGAGGAAAUAAGAAUCCAUGGGGACCAGAAAAAGCCACCUGACAUGCAGCCUUUCUAGAAUCCCCUAUUCUCACUUGCCCAGCCUGAGAAGGUCCAAGCUCUCUCCAGAAGGCUCUCUCCACCUGGUCGAGGAUCACAUAGUCUCUGUCUGCUCCACUGCACCUGCCACUGAUUGUCAGCGCUUGUGCCUGACCCCGUGAAAAAAUAAAUCUUCUGUCCCUCGUUA